AUAUCAUCAUAUGGCAUUACUUCAACACAAGUCUAUCUUGGAUAUUUUGUCUCGUCCCUCCACGCUAAUUUCACGAGAUUUAGCCACGUAUUCUGCCGGUAGUGAAUUCUGAAACAAGGCAAACAUAAAUUUUGCUGAGCUUACAGCCAGAAAAAAGUCACUAUGGCCAACACGGAGCAGGGGUGUUAUACCCUCAUCAAUAUUCCAUCCGAUUCAGAGCCACCAACCGAAAUGAAAUUGAAAGAGGACCUUGAGAAAGGAGAGACGAAAACCAAGAUUGAGGCCUUGAAAAAGGUGGUCCUGAUGAUUCUAAAUGGUGAAAAGAUGCCUGGCCUUUUGAUGACUGUCAUCAGGUUUGUGAUGCCUGUACAAGACCACACUAUCAAAAAGCUGUUGCUUAUCUUCUGGGAGGUAGUACCCAAAUAUUCAGGAGAUGGCAAGCUGCUGCAGGAGUUCAUCCUUGUAUGUGAUGCAUAUCGCAAGGAUCUCCAGCACCCCAAUGAAUUUAUCAGGGGAUCAACCCUCAGAUUCCUCUGUAAGUUGAAAGAACCAGAACUUUUAGAGCCCCUCAUGCCAGCUAUCAGAGCUUGUCUAGACCAUAGACACUCUUAUGUUAGAAGAAAUGCAGUGUUGGCAAUUUAUACAAUCUACAGAAACUUUGACUUUUUGAUCCCUGAUGCUCCAGAGUUAAUUGCCAAUUUCUUGGAGGGUGAACAAGAUGCAUCCUGCAAGAGAAAUGCCUUUAUGAUGCUGAUACAUGUUGACCAGGAGCGUGCUCUGACCUACCUUGUAAGCUGCAUAGACCAAGUGACAUCAUUUGGAGACAUUCUCCAGUUGGUUAUAGUGGAACUUAUCUACAAGGUGUGCCAUGCCAAUCCAUCUGAGAGAUCCCGCUUCAUUCGCUGUAUUUACAAUCUACUGAAUUCCUCCAGUCCAGCUGUGAGAUAUGAGGCAGCCGGCACCUUGGUCACUCUAUCCAGUGCUCCAACAGCAAUCAAAGCUGCUGCCAGCUGUUACAUUGAACUUAUCGUAAAGGAGAGUGACAACAACGUGAAACUUAUUGUGUUGGACAGGUUGAUUGCCUUGAAAGAGGUACCAUCACAUGAGAAAGUGCUGCAGGAACUUGUAAUGGACAUCUUAAGAGUGUUGUCAGCUCCUGAUCUUGAAGUACGCAGAAAGACUCUGGAGUUAUCACUGGACCUUAUCACAUCAAGGAAUGUGGAAGAGAUGGUUUUGGUUCUGAAGAAGGAAGUGGUGAAGACUAACAACACAGUUGAGCAGGAGGACACUGGCAAGUACCGCCAGCUAUUAGUCCGUACCCUCCACCAGUGCUGUGUGAGGUUCCCUGAUGUGGCCCAGACUGUUAUACCAGUGUUGAUGGAGUUUUUGAAUGAUGCUAAUGAACUGGCUGCUUUGGAUGUGUUGGUGUUUGUGCGUGAAGCCAUGCAGAGAUUUGAAGACCUGCGCCCUCUUGUGGUCAAUAAGAUGCUGGAAGUUUUCUCAUCAAUUAAGUCUAUCAAGGUUUUUCGCGGUGCCUUAUGGCUGCUUGGAGAGUACUGUAUCAGCAAAGAUGACAUUCAGAGUGUCAUGACAGAGAUUAGGCAGUCUUUGGGAGAGAUUCCAAUUGUUGAUGAUGAAAUAAGAAAAGCUGCAGGAGAAACUAAGGAAGAUGAGUCCCAGGUGGCCCAGACUGGCACAGUGCAGAAGUUGGUGACAGAGCUCGGGACUUAUGCCACUCAGAGUGCAUUUAGUACUGUCUCUGCUACCAAGGGAGCAGAGGAGAGGCCACCAUUGAGGAAAUGGCUGAUGGAGGGAGACUUCUUUAUUGGUGCUGCCCUGGCCAACACCCUCACUAAGCUUGCUUUGAGAUACACCCAGGUUGUCACAGAACCGAGGAGACAAAAUUCAUUUGUAGCAGAGUGCAUGCUGAUUAUGUCUACUAUUAUACACUUGGGGAAAUCUGGCCUUUCUACACUGCCCAUCAAUGAUGAUGCCCUGGAUCGCAUUGCCCUGUGUUUGAAAGUGCUUUCUGAGAGAUCCCCCAAGAUGUACGAGAUCUUCAACCAGCUGUGCAGAGAAUCCUUGUCAGGCAUGCUGGCUGCCAAGGCAGAAGAUGAGAGGCUCACACAAAAGGCAUCUGAAUCUAAAACUGUGAAGAUUCAAGCUGAUGAUCCCAUCAGCUUCAUUCAGUUGGCUGCUAAGAAUGAAUUUGGAACCACAGAGAACAUGUUUGAGCUGACCAUGUCCCAGGCCUUAGGCACUGUACCUGGAAAGAAAGAAACAGACCCACUAUUGUCAUCAAAACUGAACAAGGUGACCCAGUUGACGGGAUUCUCUGACCCAGUGUAUGCUGAGGCAUACGUCCAUGUCAACCAGUAUGACAUAGUGUUAGAUGUCCUCAUUGUCAACCAGACUUCUGACACUCUCCAGAAUCUGACACUGGAACUGGCAACACUUGGUGAUCUUAAACUGGUUGAAAAACCACAGCCGGUGACUAUGGGUGCACAUGAUUUCUGCAACAUCAAGGCCAACGUUAAAGUAGCCUCCACUGAAAAUGGAAUCAUCUUUGGAAACAUUGUAUAUGAUGUGAGUGGAGCAGCCAGUGACCGCAACUGUGUAGUGCUGAAUGACAUCCAUAUAGACAUUAUGGACUACAUAGUGCCUGCCUCGUGCACAGACACAGAAUUCAGACAGAUGUGGGCUGAGUUUGAGUGGGAAAACAAAGUCAGCGUCAACACUAAUAUAUCUGAUUUGAAAGAGUAUCUGGAACACUUGAUCAGCUCAACCAACAUGAAAUGUCUCACACCUGAAAAGGCUUUGGAUGGAGAGUGUGGUUUCAUGGCUGCUAAUAUGUAUGCUAAAUCUAUAUUUGGAGAGAGUGCACUUGCCAACAUCAGUGUUGAGAAACCAGCUCAGCCUGAUGCCCCAGUGACUGGACACAUACGAAUCAGAGCAAAAAGUCAGGGUAUGGCAUUGAGUUUAGGAGAUAAAAUCAACCUUUCACAGAAAAAGCAGCUCAAACCUCAAGGGAUGUAGAGCAAGAUUGAACUGGAAAUUUAGCUCUUGAUAGACUUUGCUACUGAAACCUUAUAACAUGCAUUAUCUUCAGUUUAAUAAAGACAUUGAGUUGAUUUAAGAUUCAGACUAAAAUGAGUCAAGUUGUAUCCUUAUUACGGUUUAUGAGUGAUUAAUUGUGAUGUCUCUGGUGUAAGAAAAAAACAAUCUGUAACACAUAUAUACAUAUGAAUUAGAUGGUUUGUAUUGAAUGCUUUGUAUUACAUUAUCGGUGUUAGCCUGUAGAUAAUUACUGAACUUUAAAUAGGGACUGGGAACUCAAAUUAUAAUUACUGUUGUGUAUGAAUGUGUUUAUCUUUAAAAAAUGUUUAUCAUCUGGACUGGAAAUUGUUUAUAGACAAAAACUAUGAUUACAAAAAAUUAAAUGUUCAUUUUUAAGACUGAUGGAGUGUUACAUUUUCUUUAGUUAUUAUUAUUAUUACUAUUAUAUGGUUAUGAGCAGAUUUAAGGAGAUGUAGGACAACCAUCUACUUUUUAAAAGAAAAUAAAUUUCUUGAAUGUGGAAAGGCAGAGUGUGUGAUACAAGGAGGUAAAAUUGAGUAUAACAUUUCUGUAAAAUGACAUUUCAUGUGGAUGUUUAAUAUUUGUGCUAUUUUAUUGUCUUCUGUCAACAGGAAUCAUUUUUCUGAGCAGUCCCUUUCUGAUAUAAAAUUUGAAGUGAUACUGAAAUAAUGAACUCUGCAAAAUUCAUCCACUGAAAAGGAAGUUUGGGACAGUAUUCCAGGAGUUCCAUGUGAAAAUAUAACAUUAAACAGAAUUUUGGAAGACUACAGUAUAUACAAACAGAAAAAAACAACUAUCAUGGAACUUGAUCAUGCUAUUCAUCAAUUAAAUAUUUUAUCCAUUUG